CCCUCCCCGUCCGCGGGCGGCUCUCGCGAGAGCGCCGUGAUUUCUCUCCUACGUGCCGUGCCGUGCUGCUCAUGGCGGCGCUGGAGCGGGGGCGCUGAGCUGUUGGGUAUGAAGUGGAACAGAACAGAAUUUACCACCUGAAACUGCUGCUUCAAGUUCAGAUCAGGAAAAGAAUAUAAGUAUACCACAUUGUAACAACUCAAGACCAAAGAAGAGGCAACUUACACUGAAGAAGAUACAAGGCUUGAUCUGAAACAAGAAGUUUGUGCCUACUCAACAGCUUCAAAAGAGCACGUCCCGACGCUGCUAUAGUAGUCUUUGUUUUCUCCAGUGCUGUAGUGAAACUGCCCAGGGCAGCAGCACUUGUAUUCUCUAGAGCCUGAUAGAUCACCUUCUUUUGCUAUCUUUUUCUUUCUCUUUUUGUCUCUCUUCCUUUAGUUCCCUUUUUUAAAAUAAUAGCAGUCUUCAUCCUUAGAAACUUGUGCUGAAACAGAAGAAUCGGCAAAUACUACUGAAAGUGCAAUAUUUGAAUAUCACUGCGAGAUGAGCUUUGAUCCAAACCUGCUCCACAACAAUGGACACAACGGGUACCCCAACGGUACUUCGGCAGCGCUGCGCGAGACCGGCGUCAUCGAGAAGCUGCUGACCUCGUACGGCUUCAUCCAGUGCUCGGAGCGGCAGGCCCGGCUCUUCUUCCACUGCUCCCAGUACAACGGCAACCUGCAGGAGCUCAAAGUAGGAGAUGAUGUUGAGUUUGAAGUGUCUUCUGAUCGCCGAACUGGAAAACCCAUUGCUAUUAAAUUGGUGAAGAUAAAGCCAGAAAUUUUACCUGAAGAACGAAUAAAUGGACAAGUUGUGUGUGCUGUUCCUCACAAUUUAGAGAGUAAAUCUCCAGCUGCCCCGGGUCAAAGUCCAACAGGGAGUGUUUGCUACGAACGUAAUGGGGAAGUAUUUUACCUGACUUACACCCCAGAGGAUGUUGAAGGAAACGUACAGCUGGAAACAGGAGAUAAAAUAAACUUUAUAAUUGAUACAAAUAAACAUACUGGUGCUGUAAGUGCUCGUAACAUUAUGCUAUUAAAAAAGAAACAAGCUCGCUGUCAAGGAGUAGUCUGUGCCAUGAAAGAAGCCUUUGGAUUUAUUGAGAGAGGUGAUGUCGUGAAGGAGAUAUUCUUUCAUUAUAGUGAAUUUAAAGGUGACCUAGAAACCUUACAGCCUGGUGAUGAUGUGGAGUUUACAAUCAAAGACAGAAAUGGUAAAGAAGUUGCAACAGAUGUUAGACUGCUGCCUCAAGGAACUGUCAUUUUUGAAGAUAUCAGCAUUGAACAUUUUGAAGGAACUGUAACCAAAGUAAUUCCAAAAGUACCCAGCAAAAACCAGAGCGAUCCGUUACCCGGCCGCAUCAAAGUGGACUUUGUGAUUCCUAAAGAGCUUCCCUUUGGGGACAAGGACACAAAAUCCAAGGUGACCUUGCUGGAGAGCGACCACGUUCGGUUCAACAUUUCCACGGACAGGCGCGACAAACUGGAACGAGCCACCAACAUUGAGGUUCUCCCCAACACCUUCCAGUUUACUAAUGAAACCAGAGAAAUGGGUGUGAUUGCAGCAAUGAGGGAUGGCUUUGGCUUCAUUAAGUGUGUGGACAGGGAUGCUCGGAUGUUCUUCCACUUCAGUGAGAUCAUGGAUGGAAAUCAGCUCCAUAUUUCCGAUGAAGUAGAGUUCACCGUCGUUCCUGAUAUGCUGUCUGCCCAGAGGAACCAUGCCAUAAGGAUUAAAAAGCUCCCCAAGGGCACGGUUUCCUUCCACACCCAGUCAGAGCAUCGCUUUGUGGGCACUAUAGACAAAGAAGCCACUCCAGCCAAAGCCACUAGCCCAAAUAAAGGCAAAGAGAAGGAAGCUGAGGAUGGAAUAAUUGUGUAUGAUGACUGUGGAGUAAAACUGACCAUUCCUUACCAGGCCAAGGAUGUGGAAGGAUCUACUAAUCCCCAGAUAGGAGAUAAGGUUGAGUUCUGUGUGUGUGAGGUGAAGAGAACUGGGCUGCAGACGGCUGUUUCUGUCAGGAUGCUGGGACGCAACUACAGCUCCAAGCGGCUCUUGGGAUACGUGGCAGCCCUGAAAGAUAACUUUGGGUUUAUUGAAACAGCCAAUCAUGAUAAGGAGAUCUUCUUCCACUACAGUGAAUAUUGUGGUGAUAUUGAUAGCCUGGAGCUUGGAGACACUGUGGAAUACAGCUUGUCAAAAGGCAAAGGAAACAAAGUUAGUGCAGAGAAAGUAAACAAAACGCAUGCAGUGAAUGGUAUCACUGAAGAAGCUGAUCCAACUGUUUACUCUGGUAAAGUUAUUCGUCCCUUGAGGAGUGUAGAUCCCACACAGACAGAGUACCAGGGCAUGAUUGAAGUCAUGGAGGAUGGUGAGAUGAAAGGAGAGGUCUAUCCCUUUGGAAUUGUUGGCAUGGCAAACAAAGGUGACUGUCUGCAGAAGGGGGAGACAGUAAAGUUCCAGCUGUGUGUGCUGGGUCAGAACGGGCAGACGAUGGCUGUGAACAUCACCCCGUUCCGCAGGGCCACCGUGGAGUGCGUCAAGGACCAGUUUGGUUUCAUUAACUAUGAAGUUGGUGACAGCAAAAAGCUCUUCUUCCAUGUCAAAGAAGUCCAGGAUGGUGUGGAGCUCCAGGCUGGGGAUGAAGUGGAGUUCUCCGUAAUCCUGAACCAGCGCACAGGAAAAUGCAGUGCCUGUAACGUGUGGCGUGUCUGCGAAGGCGCCAAGGCCGUGGCUGCUCCGCGUCCCGAUAGACUCGUGAACCGUUUAAAGAGCAUCAACCUGGACGAUGCCAACGCCCCGCGGCUCACGGUGCUCCGCCAGCCCCGGGGCCCCGACAACUCAAAGGGAUUUGGUGCAGAGAGAAAGAUCCGCCAGGCUGGUGUUAUAGACUGAUCCCAACCCCACGGCGACGUUGGGCCGUGCGGUGGGGCUGGCGAAGGCCGGCACCCAGUGUACUGUAAGAGAAUACUUAGGCUUUCCAUAGCUGUAUUGAGACUUUCAUCAAGGUGACUAGUUGAUGUCUGUGUGCUUUUUUUUUUUGUUUUGUUUAUUUUUUUGUUUUAUUUUGUUUUAUUUUUUGUUUCGGUUUUUUUUUUUUUUUUCCCCUCCCCUGCCCCCCUCCCUCCAUUUCCCCAGUCACACUUUAUCAAGCAAGAAAACUGAAUGAUUGGUCUAAGUAUUACUUUAACCAAAAAGAUCAGGAGUUACUUUUUGGAAUAGAGGGCAGUACUGUGGUUUGGUUUGGGUUUGUUAUGUUUUGUUUUGUUUUGUUUUGUUUUAAUUAUUUUGGUUAAUUUUUUUUUUUUUUUUUUUUUUUAUGGUUUUUUUUUCA